UUUGGCACAACACAAGGCAACAACAACUAGCUAGAGCUACACAAGGCUCCAUCACAUUUCAAAGUCCUCUUCAAACCUCAAAGCAAAGCACGCUCAGAGAUCCGUGCACGUACACACAUAACCCAUUAGAAGAACUUAUUUAGAAGGCAGAUGGACCGCGUGAUGAAGCUGGCGUCGGAGCGAGCGGUGGUGAUCUUCACCCUGAGUUCCUGUUGCAUGUGCCACACCGUGGCGCGGCUCUUCUGCGACCUGGGUGUCAAUGCACUGGUGCACGAGCUAGACCAAGACCCAAGGGGAAAGGAGAUGGAGAGAGCUCUCCUCAAGAUGCUCGGGAAAGGCCCGUCUGUUCCAGUGGUGUUCAUCGGCGGGAAGCUUGUCGGCGGGACAAACAGAGUCAUGUCCAUGCAUCUCAGCGGCGAGCUGGUCCCAAUGCUGAGGAAUGCAGGUGCCCUCUGGCUAUAGAGGAAUGCAGGUGCCACUUGGGAAAAUAAAUUUUUGUCAAAGAGUGUCAAGUAUAUGCAUUUUCUUAGAGUAACUUAACUAAUGGCCUGGUUAGCGUC